UCCUGAUAUGUGUUAUGAAAUCUGUCAGAGUAGAGCUGGUUGUACGAGCAUUGCUUAUCCUAAAUUAGUUCUUGGCCUGAUGCCUUCAGGUGCUAAAGGUUUGAUGAUGGCUGUAAUGAUAGCUGCUUUGAUGAGUGAUCUAGAUUCUAUAUUUAACAGUGCUAGUACGUUGUUUACCAUAGAUAUCUGGAAAAGAUUCAGAAAGGCUGCAUCAGUAACAGAAUUAAUGAUUGUUGGAAGAGUAUUUAUUGUGGCAAUGGUAGGUGUAUCUAUAGCCUGGGUUCCAGUAAUAAAAGAAACACAAGGGGGUCAAGUCUUUAUUUAUAUACAGGAAGUAACGAACUAUAUUGCUCCACCUUUUGCAGCUAUCUUUUUGUUGGCUGUUCUUGUACCUAGAGUAAAUGAAACGGGAGCAUUUUGGUCUCUUAUGUUUGCAUUUUUGACUGGAGUGGUGCGUCUCUUCAUAGCCUUUAUGUUUCAAGGCGAGAAUAUUUGUGGAGUUAAAAAUACCUAUCCCCUACCACCGAUGAUUAAGAAAUUUCAUUACAUGUAUUUUUCAAUGUUUAUAACUGGUACUACUGCUAUUUUAGCUGUGUUUAUUAGUUACUGUACAGAAAAACCAGACCCUAAAUUUGUAAGUGAAUCCUUUUUUCAUUCUCUGUGUGGAUGUUGUUUCAUGUGGGAGAUACUGCAUUUUAAAGGGUGCGUCAUUUUGGGGGGUUGA